CAAUUUGCUCAAAUAAUAUUUCUAAAAAUCUAUUUUUCUGAAGGGGAAGAAUGAAAGAAAAUCAGGAGGAUUAUUUUUCAGAAACACGAGCAGUAUCUUGCAGAAAAGAUGACAUUUAUUGGCUUAUUUUUCUUCUGUAUGCUGAUGAAUAUCCUAACAGAUGCCCGAUCAAUCCAGGAUGGAGAUGACCUCCACCAGGAGUCUGUAGCCUUGCCAUACUGGCCCUUCUCAUCCAACGAUUUCUGGUCCUAUGUGGAAUAUUUCCGGACCCUGGGGGCCUACGACAGGAUCGAUGAAAUGGCCAAGGCCUUCUUUGCCCAGUUCCCUUUUGGCCGCCACCUUGGCUAUAACGUGCCCAGCCACGAGCACUAA